AUGUUCAAUAUAAUCAAGGAUUUUGAUGCUCAAGCAGCAUCAAACUAUAUCAACCCGUAUGCUGUGGAUGUGAUCCGGACAAAGAGAAGGGAUCUGGUUUAUGGGAUCUCACAUACUGAGGAUCUACUGGAUCUACUGGUCACAGAGGGGGUCAUGACAGCAGCCAAGAGAUCCAUCAUUUUGACCAUCAGGACUCGCAAAGAUCAGAAUUCCAGGGUCCUUGACAUCAUGGAGGCCAGAGGUGAGAGGGCAUGUCGGAAGUUUUUCCAUCCCUGUCUUAUGCUGGCAGAGCCCAACAUUUACCUGCAAAUCAAGACCUAUUUGGGGAAUGUGAACGAACAUAUUAGAGACACAAGGAGACAGCUGAUUGGAUAUUUGCUGGAGAGGGAAAAGGAGGGGAUGGCAGGAAUUGUCACCCAGACUCAUAAGAAGACUAGUAGUUUAUUUCCCAUUGAAAAAACUAAAAGAUUUAGCCUUGAGAUUGAAGACAGCAGCACUGUGCCUCCUGAGAAUGAGGCGCCACAAUGUAAACCAGAAAACCGCAUUCACAUGGUUGCUACAGAUGGAGAGCAGGUACUGCUGGAAGAGCUGUUAGAAGAAGAAACUAAUAUUAACAUUGUCAGUUCCUCCAAAGAGACUCUUUUACAUGUAGCUGCUAAGCACGGGCAUCUAUCCAUCAUUGAGCUUUUGAUUCGUAAAGGAGCCAGACUGGAGCUGCAGGAUAAUAAUGGUCACACAGCUCUUCACAAUGCAGCCAGCUGGGGUCACACAGACAUAGUCAGGGCCCUCUUAAAGGCCAGUGCCUCUAUCUACACUUUGGAUCUCCACAACAAAACUCCCAUUCACCUGGCAGCAGAAAAUGAGCACCUGGAUUCUGUGAAAGUGCUGGUGAAGGAGGAGGCCAAGCAGUCUGAGAGCCACACACGGGACAUGUUUCUCCACAUGGCAGCCACAGAAGACAACUGGAGGCUGGCUGAGUUGCUGCUGCAGAGUGGGGCCGCUGUUGAUGCCAGAAACAACUUUAACAAAACAGCUCUGUUUUAUGCAGUUGCUAGGAGCAAUGAGAAAACCGCGAGUGUCCUCCUAAACUCAGGAGCUAAAGUUGACUAUGACAUUAUAAAUGAAGCCAUUAAGCUCAACCAAGAAUCAAUUCUCCGCCUGCUGCUUGCUAAUGCCAAAGAGGUUCUGAGUGAGGAAGCACUGGGCUCUGCUCUCUUCUCAGCUGUUAGACAGAACCAUGAUAGAGUGGUAAACGCUCUGAUAGACAGCGGAGCAAAUGUGAACCUGUGUGACAAACAGGGAUACACUCCUGUCCUGUUGUCGGCUGAGCUGGGACACACUGAAGUCCUCAGAGUGCUGGUAGCAAAACAGGCCAAACUGGUUGCUACUUUACCUGACCUCUCCUCAGCCUUGCACCUGGCUGUUCACAGUGGCAGUGUGCCCAUAGUGCAGAUAUUGCUGGAAAAGGGAUUAGACUCCAAUAUCACCGGACCUAAAGCUCUAACCCCUCUACACCUGGCUGCUCAGUGUAAUAGAUCAAACUUAGUCGGUCUGUUGGUAAAAGCUGGAGCACAGGUAAAUGCAGUUGCCCAGGACGGACUGACCCCUCUGCAUUUAGCCAGUCAGCAGGGCCAUGCAGACGCAGUGAUCCAGCUUCUUCGAGACAAGGCAGAUCCAGGAGUCAAGGACAGGCUGGGGAGGACAGCUCUGCACUGGGCAGCCUCUUCCCAGGGAGAGAGCAGUGUGGUGGAUUUGCUGCUGUCAGCCAAAGCCAACCCAAGCACCACUGACAAUGAGAAAAGAACUGCUCUCCACCUGGCUGCUAUGGAGGGGAAAUUAGACGCUGUGACUUCACUGUUGUCCCACAAGGCAAAGGGAGGGGCUAAAGACAUGGAUGGCUCCACGCCUCUACAUUACGCAGCAGCUGGUGGGCAUGCCAGCGUGGUUUCAGCUCUUCUACAGUCACUCAACAGUAAGAGGAGGGAGGAGAGGAAUGCAUGGAGGAAAACACUGCUUCAUGUUGCAGCUGAGAAGGGCCAUGACAGUGUGGCUGUGCUGCUGCUGGAGGCGGGGGCAAAGAUCAACACAACAGAUCACAGUAAAGACACUCCUCUGCACUGUGCUGCCAGAGGUGGACACCAGGAGGUAGUAAAGACGCUUGUAAACUGGGGCCAAGCUGGGCACAUGGGACGGAAGAAGAGGGUGAAUCUGCAGGCUACAAAUAAUGUGGGGAAGACACCACUGCAGGUGGCAGAGAGUGGAGACACACCAGAACAUGAGAACAUUGCAACUUUACUCAAGAGAAAGAUGCUUCUCACCAAGUAG